AUGGAUGCCGAUUUGGGGACGAGCUCUGAAUCCCGUCAGAAAGGAUUUCGAGAACGAUUCAAAUCACGAUUCUUGAACUCAAAAGACAAAGGCACUAGUGCAGUCUUGUCACCAGCGAAGGAACACCAGACUGCGCCCACGUCCAAGGCAGCUGAGAACGCUAAAGACCGAAAGCACUCAAUCACUUCUUCUAUAAACACAUUUCCCCUCAAAGAUGCUGCAAACACGGGUCACAGCUUACCUUUGCAGGCUAAAGGGGACUCCGAAACUACUACUUCGAUGCUCCCAAUUGUCCCCACUACUUCACGGUCAAUCAAAGAACCACAAAAAUCACCACCAAUCGCAGAGGUGUGGAACCAAGCAUACGAAGCUCUGAGAGCCCAAGAGGAAAGGCUCAUCAAAGAGUACGAACGCAUUCUCUCCGUUGAGCUCAGCACAGUUUUCGGGUUGAUAGCCGACAUGUCAUCGCCUCAUUCCGUCAAAUCGACAAGAAAAGACCAGAUGGAGCGCAUUUUGAGUAAGAAAAUUGCAGAGAUGAAAAAUAAUGAAUUCAAGUUGAAGUUCAAUGGCAUGGAUAUCGCCGUCAGGGAUCUCGCAAAGCCUGUCCUUGAUAUUGUCAAUUCAGCUAAUAAUUAUAUUACUAAUGCCGCGAGUGCGAAUCCGUACGCGUCCAUUGCAUGGGCUGGUGUAGGCCUCAUACUUCCGCUAUUCCUUAAUCCUUCGGAACAAACAACCUCAAUGGCAAAUGGCCUCAGAACAAUCUCUGACCUAAUUGUUCAGAGCUCGAUGAGAGAGGCGCUGUAUGCUCAUCGGUAUGAGUCUGAACGCAACACAACAGAUCACAUGUUUGAGAGUAUCCAUUCUUUGUAUCGAAAUGCACUACAAGAGCAAUAUCGCCUGAUACUCAAGUUCCAAGCCACGUAUGUCUGCUACUGCUCGAGAAGCAAAGGUGCAAAGCUUGUCUCAGACCUAGUCAAAUGGGACAAGUGGGACUCGUCACUGCAAGACAUUCAGCAACAAGAUCAAACUUUUUCUAGAGUCUACAACAUCUUGAGAGAUAAAGUGACCCAGGAAGAGUACGACAAACUUUCUGGGCGCCAUAUCGAGAUCUUCAGCACUAUGGAAGUAAUAGAUAGCGAUACAUCAGCCUUGAGGAUAGCCAUUGAACAUACUCAAUCGGAUCAGCGUACAAGAGAAUUACUCCAGUGGUUAUCGCCUGUUGAUCUAGCAGAAGGCUAUCGGAACGCGAUUUCAAAACUGAAAGUAGACACUGGCGACUGGCUAUUGCGAAGGAUGGAAACGGAGUCCGAAUUCUCUUCUUUGGCUCCAUGGAAAAGCUGGUGCUGGCAAAUCUGUCUUAAGUGCAAGCGGCCCGACAGACCUCCAGUCAUCGAUAAACUAGACGAAUGCCAGAGAAAGAAUCACAGACCCGAUCUCGAGAUUCUUAAGAAGGCAAUAGCAGCUAUGACUGGUGGCUUUUCAGACGUCUAUCUUGUUAUCGAUGCGCUGGACGAGUGUUUCGAUGAGAAGGGCUCAAUGAAACGAGAUAGUUUAUUGGAAGUCCUGUCCGAACUUCAUGGACUGGAAUUGUCGAAUUUUCACUUGUUAUGCACGAGCCGCAGCGCGCCGGAUAUUGUUGCGACGUUCAGGUCACUCAUGAUCGCCUCUAAUAGCACCAAGAGAAUCGAUUUGGACAGCUCAGUUUGUAUUGGCUUUAUCCAAAGGGAUAUUAGCCUUUAUCUGGACCGAGUAUUCGCUUCCACCAAAUUCGAGUUCUGGCCAGACUCAAUGAAAACCGAAGCUCGAGAAGUAUUGAUCAAGAACGCUGAAGGAAUGUUUCAAUAUGUGGUUUGUCAAUUGGACCAUCUCGAGGAAUGCGCGAAUUCAAGCGAGGUUCAACAAUCAUUGAGGUCCCUUCCAAGAGGUUUGGAUGCAACAUACGCCAGAAUGUUACAAAAUGUGAAAUUGGAUCGUAAGAAGCAAGUAUUAAGCACUCUGAAAUGGCUCUGCUUCUCUGCAAGACCGUUGACUUUGGGAGAGCUUGCUGAAAUUUUCAUUCUUGAUCCUGAAGGCGACGUUCCUUUCAACCAUGAACAACGACUUUUCAAGGCGGAAGCAGUGCUCACAUACCUGCCUAAGAUAGUUACUGUACCAGGAUAUAGCGUUAGGUAUCACACGAAGAUGGUAGUGAAAUUCAGUCAUUUCUCCAUAAAGGAAUAUCUCAUUUCUAGCCGGAUUUUGGUAUCAGAUGGGCCUGCCAAAGAUUUCUUCACUGACGAGACAAAUGCGAAUCUCCACAUCGUGCAUUCAUGUUUAGCAUAUCAUUUGCACCUCAGCAGACAAAUACUGGUCACCAAAGAGAUUUUCCGACAGUUCCAGCUGUGGGACUAUGCAGUCGACUAUUGGGACGUGCAUUUGGACAAAGUGCCUCGACAAAAGUGGCCAGUCCAACUCCGAAGGUGCUUGCUUCAGAUAUUUACGUCGGGUUCACAGAGUAUGUUAAAUCUAUGUCGGUCAAUCGAUCCAGAUUGCAGUCGCUAUUCGAGUUGGGAAAUAGAUAUACCCUAUCCACCGCUUUAUUAUUCAGUCACAACCGAUGCUUCGGCAUUGGUGGAAGAGCUAAUAGAACGGGGUGCCUAUAUCAAUGAAUACUCAGAGGCUUCUAGAUACGGAACUGCACUACAAGCUGCAGCAUAUAGAGGAUCUGAACGCAUCGUUCAGCUAUUGCUUGAUAAUGGUGCUGAUGUGCGUUUACGUGGAGGCAGAUUUGGGAAUGCACUACAAGGUGCCGUAGCUGGAAAUGAGCUUGAAAUCGCAAAAUUGCUCCUUGCUCACGGAGCAAAGGUAGACCCGCCAGAUUCGGAGUGGGAGAGCCUCAUAGCCCAACUUAGAGCAAAACGCGCGGAAUAUGAGAUAGCCAUCCGGUUGUGCGAAUUUCAGAAGGAUCCAGAGCGGUAUCUUGCGAAGGAGAUGGAUAAGCAAGAGCGAGAGGGUCUUGGAGAGGUAAUGCGAUUGUGGCGUAAACUAAAAUCCCAGGCUUCGUGGAAUGUCCCAAAAGUGGACACGAAGGCUAAGUAUCUAAGACUGACGAAAGAUUAUUGA